AGCGUGGCUUCCAUUCGCCCCAUACGCCUCGCUGUCUUCUUCCGCCAGUUCUCCUUCUGCCUAGCCAUCCCCUCCCCUCCCCGCCUGAUCGGACUCUCAGCCGCGGCAGCCAUGGUGAAGAGCUACCCCGUCGUCAGCGCCGAGUACCUGGAGGCCGUCGAGAAGGCCAGGCAAAAGCUCCGCGCCCUCAUCGCCGAGAAGAACUGCUCCCCGCUCAUGCUCCGCCUCGCGUGGCACUCGGCUGGGACCUUCGACGUGUCGUCCAAGACAGGCGGCCCGUUCGGGACGAUGAAGAAGCCGGCGGAGCAGGCGCACGCGGCCAACGCGGGCCUGGACAUCGCCGUGCGGAUGCUCGAGCCCAUCAAGGAGGAGAUCCCCACCAUCUCCUACGCCGAUCUCUACCAGAUUGCGGGAGUUGUCGCCGUGGAGGUGUCCGGUGGACCCGUGAUCCCCUUCCACCCAGGGAGGGAGGACAAGCCUCAGCCCCCACCAGAGGGUCGCCUCCCUGAUGCUACCAAGGGUUCUGACCACCUAAGGCAAGUCUUUGGGAAGCAGAUGGGCUUGAGUGAUCAGGAUAUUGUUGCCCUCUCUGGUGGUCACACCCUGGGAAGGUGUCACAAGGAGAGGUCUGGCUUUGAGGGACCCUGGACAAGGAACCCUUUGAAGUUUGACAACUCUUACUUCACGGAGCUUUUGAGUGGUGACAAAGAGGGACUUCUUCAGCUUCCAAGUGACAAAACUCUGCUGACUGACCCUGUCUUCCGCCCUCUUGUGGAGAAAUAUGCUGCGGAUGAGAAGGCUUUCUUCGAGGACUACAAGGAGGCACACCUCAGGCUCUCCGAACUGGGGUACGCUGAAGCCUAAGAGCGUGUCUACUACUGCUGCUACUAUGCGCGACCAGGGUGAUCUUGUUCUGCGUCUAGACUAGGGGUCAGUGUGAACCCGCAGACUGCUAAGUAAUCAUCUCUGUAAUAAUGUUUGUUGGCUUGAGGCCAUACCUUGAACGCUGUCAGUGGUUUGGUGUGCCGUUGUACUCGGUUUGCCUUGAUGCCAUAAAUCUAUCGUAUGAAAUGAAUUGCAGUAGUGACUUUUCAUGGUA